AUGAGCAUAGCUUUGGGGCCUGUCAUUUGGGCAGCUGUAAGACCGAUUAUCAAAAUUUAUCUGAUUAUCGGCGCAGGUUACAUUUUGGCCAAGAUGGGCAUUCUAUCUGUGGAGGCUACAAGAAGUAUAUCUGAUAUUGUGCUUACGAUAUUAUUGCCCUGUCUUUCUUUUAACAAGAUUGUAGCGAACAUUGAAGAUCAGGACAUCAAGGACGUCGGGAUCAUCUGUUUAUCGUCCGUGCUUAUCUUUGCCACAGGAGCAUUCUUAGCAUAUGUCAUCAGAAGAACUAUGCCAGUGCCGAGAAAAUGGUACGGUGGUAUUAUUGCCGGCGGCAUGUUCCCGAAUAUCAGUGAUCUGCCAAUUGCAUAUUUACAAACUAUGGAUCAAGGGUUUAUUUUCACCCCAGAAGAAGGUGAAAAGGGAGUUGCUUGCGUGAUCAUUUUUCUUGCAAUGUUCAUGAUAUGUGUGUUCAACCUGGGUGGUUUCCGAUUGAUCGAGAACGAUUUCCACUAUAAUGACGAGGAAAGCGGGGUGUCUAAUGAGGAACUCAAUGAACUCCCAUCGCAGAGCACACCCUCUAAUGAUUCUUCUAGUGCGGUAGGGCCACAUGACACUUUGCCUAGACCCGAAAAGGCGCUAACAAAAAGCACUGGAAGUGAAUCGGAAGAUGUAUCUAACUCUUCAUCAAUAGAUUCAGUAGGCGAUCAGCCUAAUUCAUCAUCGGGGUCAGCUAAUACACAAUCGGUACAGACUAGGAACGAUGAAAAUAUAUGGGACUUUAUCGCGGCCCGUAGAACCAGGAGCCAACCGGUCGCGUUGACUGAGGAACCAGUUCGCCUAAGGAGGCCUUCUGUUGCCACCACUAUUCGUUCCAUCGAUCUACGUGAGGGGCCUCCACAAGAUUUCAAUGAUCUAAUUAGAGAAUACUCGAAUGUUGAUCAGUACGGCCACCCAAGGAGAAAUUCACGUCUUUCUGACAUGGACGGUGCGCCAGUAAGCUACUCUAAAAGUAGUUCUUCUGCAUUGGAAAAAUUGAAAUCGUCUGACCUGAAAAAGAUCUUGACUUCGGAUGCAACUGUCAAUAAACGAAACAUUGAGACUUCGGGUGGCUCUCUGCCUAGGUGGUUGCAGAAAUUCCCACUGACUCCAUACAUUGUUUUCUUCAUUAAGAACUGUCUGAGACCUUGUUCAAUGGCAGUUAUCAUAGCACUAAUCAUCGCGUUCAUUCCGUGGGUAAAGGCUUUAUUUGUCACUUCAGCUAAUACGCCAAAAAUCAGGCAAGCUCCAGAUAAUGCACCUGCUCUAAGUUUCAUCAUGGAUUUUACAGCAUACGUUGGCGCGGCCUCCGUGCCUUUCGGUCUUCUACUUUUAGGUGCCACUUUAGGGAGAUUAAAGAUUGGUAAAUUGUAUCCUGGCUUUUGGAAAUCUGCCGCACUUUUAGUCAUACUCAAACUAUGCGUUAUGCCAAUUUUUGGUGUGCUUUGGUGCGAUCGUCUAGUGAAAGCUGGAUGGGUCAACUGGGAAGACGAUAAAAUGCUUUUAUUUGUCAUAGCGAUAGAUUGGGCUUUGCCAACUAUGACUACGCUAAUCUAUUUCACUGCCAGUUAUACACCACCCGAUGCGCCGGAUCCAAUUCAAAUGGAGUGCACAUCAUUCUUCUUGAUGAUUCAAUAUCCAGUAAUGGCCAUCAGUUUACCUUUCUUAGUCAGUUAUUUCUUGAAAGUCCAAAUGAAGGUCUGA